AUGGUGAGACAGGUGACUCAAACUCGAAGGUGCUCCAUCUGUCGACUCCAAGGCCAUUAUUCAACGACUUGUCAAUUGAAAACAAAGGAUCACAGUAUGCCUGUUAGUUCCAAAUUACUAGAAAGAAAACAAGGGAAGUUCUGGACUGAGCAGGAGCAUAAGGCGUUUUUAAUGGGUUUAGAAGUGUAUGGACAAGGAAAAUGGAAAAAAAUUUCAGAGAAUUUAGUGAAAACAAGGACUCCAAGUCAAAUUGCAAGUCAUGCACAGAAAUUUAAUCUUUGGCUGAAAGCAGUUGCAAAUGAUCCUGAGAAGAAGCACAAUUUUAGCAUUUUUCAAGUACAACAGACUCCAAUUUCUCAAUUUUCCUCCUCCACAGCAAACGGCGGUGCUAGUGAGACUACAUCACAAAUUCCAAUUUUUCAAUUUUCCUCUUCCAUAGCAAGCGGUGGUGUAAGUGAGACUACAUCACAAGUUGCCCAUCCUUUGGCUAAUACUAUUGCUAUGAAUCCAUGCUUAUGUCUUCGAAUGUCUCCUGCUGGUCAUGCCACUCCUCAUUCCUGUUAG